AUGGGCAGCCACGAGAAGGACCCGUGCUCCCCGAAAAGGGCCCUGUCCCGCUCCAACAGCACCGUGUCCUCCAAGCACAGCAGCGUGCAGCAGGGCUCGGAGAGCUGGGAGGUGGUGGAGGAGCCCCGGGGCAGCCCCGGGCAGCAGCCGCAGCGGCACGAGGGGUACCUGCUCAAGAAGAGGAAAUGGCCCCUGAAGGGCUGGCACAAGCGGUACUUCGUGCUGGAAAACGGGAUCCUGAAAUAUUCCACCACGCGCCAGGACGUCCUCAAGGGCAAGCUGCACGGUGCCAUCGAUGUCCGUCAGUCCGUCAUGUCCGUCAACAAGAAGGCUCAGAGGGUUGACCUGGACACGGAGGACAACAUUUACCACCUCAAGAUCAAGUCCCCGGAGGUGUUCUCCAGCUGGGUCAGCAGCCUGUGCUCCCACCACCACGGCGAGCGGCCGGGGCCGUGUGCCCCGGGGGCCAGCACGCAGGGCCAGUGGACGCGGAUGCUGCCCUCGGGCAGCGCCCCUGCCCUGUCCACGCUGGCCAGCUCCCGGGACAAGGUGAGCGCCUGGCUGAAGGACAGCGAGGGGCUGGAGCGCUGCUCGGCCGAGCUGUCGGAGUGCCAGGCCAAGCUGCAGGAGCUGACGGGAAUGCUCCAGCACCUGGAGGCCCUGCACCGCAUCCCCUCGGCCCCGCUCAUCUCCGGCGGCCAGCCCUCAGCUGCCACGGAGAGGCCCAAGAAGGGCCGGAGGAGCACCAAGAUCUGGUGCACGCAGAGCUUCGCCAAGGACGACACCAUCGGCAGGGUGGGCCGCCUGCACGGCUCUGUCCCCAACCUGUCGCGCUACCUGGAGCCGUCGCAGAGCCAGCUGCCCUUCAGCGUGCCCCCGGAGUACAGCCAGCUGCAGCGCAGCUUCUGGGUGCUGGCCCAGAAAGUGCACGGCUCGCUGAGCAGCGUGGUGGCGGCGCUGGUGGCCGAGAGGGCCCGGCUGGAGGAGAUGCGGCGGGCGCUGGACCGGCAGGGCCCGGCCCCACGGCCCGGCAGCGCCGGCACCGCCGGGCCCUGUCCUGGCUGGAGGGGACCGGCCGGGGGGCUCUGCUCAGCCUCGCCCUUCCCACAGCCCGCCCUGCGCCGCUUCCACUCCCUGUCCGUCUCCUCCGACACCACCCUGGACUCCUUUGCCUCGCUGCACCCGGAUGAGCCGGACGCGCUGCCCACCAAGGGCCGUGAGCAGCAGCUCUCCAACCGCAGCAUCGUCUCGCUGGCCGACUCCCACACCGAGUUCUUCGAUGCCUGCGAGGUUUUCCUCUCGGCCAGCUCCUCUGAGAACGAGCCCUCGGAGGACGAGUCGUGCAUCAGCGAGGUCACCACCAGCGUCUGCGAGGAGCCCACCGAGCCGGGGGGGCCGGGCCGCCCCCCGACAGGAGCGGAGCGCCCGGGGCUGCCGGCGGAGCCGCCGCCGCUGGAGCCGCCGCUGGAGCUGCCGGGGCCGGACCCGCGGCGGAGGAGCCGCCUGCCCGCGCCCCCCGCGCCCUCGGGGGACGUGAGCCUGUGGGGGCUCCUGCGGAGCAGCGUGGGCAAGGACCUGUCCCGCGUGGCGCUGCCCGUGCAGCUGAACGAGCCGCUGAACACCCUGCAGCGGCUCUGCGAGGAGCUGGAGUACAGCGAGCUGCUGGACAGGGCCAGCCGCGCCCGCGACCCCCGGCAGCGCCUGGUGUACGUGGCCGCCUUUGCCGUGUCCGCCUACGCCUCCACCUACUACCGGGCGGGCAGCAAACCCUUCAACCCCGUGCUGGGCGAGACCUACGAGUGCGUGCGGCCCGACCGCGGCUUCCGCUUCAUCAGCGAGCAGGUCUCCCACCACCCUCCCAUCUCCGCCUGCCACGCCGAGUCCGACAACUUUGUCUUCUGGCAAGACAUGAGGUGGAAGAACAAAUUCUGGGGCAAAUCCCUGGAGAUCGUCCCCAUGGGCACCGUCAAUGUCCAGCUGCCCAGGACCGGCGACCACUAUGAGUGGAACAAGGUGACCACGUGCAUCCACAACGUGCUGAGCGGGCCCCGCUGGAUCGAGCACUACGGGGAGGUGCUGAUCCGCAACACCCGCGACGCCUCCUACCACUGCAAGCUCACCUUCUGCAAGGCCCGGUACUGGGGCGCGGGGGCCAACGAGGUGCAGGGCGCCGUGCUGAGCCGCGCCGGGACGGCCGUGGAGCGCCUGGCGGGCAAGUGGCACGAGGGGCUGCGCCGCGGGCCCGCCCCGGGCCAGUGCGUCUGGAAAGCCAACCCCAUGCCCCGUGACCACGAGAGGAGCUACGGCUUCACGCAGUUCGCGCUGGAGCUGAACGAGCUGACGCCGGAGCUGCGCCGGGUGCUGCCCUCCACGGACACGCGCCUGCGGCCGGACCAGCGGUACCUGGAGGAGGGGAACGUGCCGGCGGCCGAGGCGCAGAAGCGCCAGAUCGAGCAGCUGCAGCGCGACCGGCGCCGCGUCAUGGAGGAGAACAACAUCACCCACCAGGCCCGCUUCUUCAGGCGUGUGACAGAUGCCAGUGGCAAGGAGUCCUGGGUCACCAACAACACCUACUGGAAGCUGCGCCUGGACCCCGGCUUCUCGCACCUGGACAGCGCCGUGCUCUGGUAGCGCCCCAAACCCGGGGGUGCUGAGCCCCCCAGCCCCUCACAGCAGCGGGGCUGGUCCCCCCAGCACCGGGGGUGCAGACCCCCCGCCCUUU